AUGUCGGUUGCUGAAGCAUUCAAAAAACAUGGAGUAGUGCCUGACGUAGUUCCACAUCCUCCUUCGAAGCUUGUAAAAGCUGUUUAUGACAGUGGUGUUGAGGCAAACUGUGGUAACGUUCUCACACCCACUCAAGUACAGAACUCUCCUAAAGUUACAUGGGAAGCUGAACCAAAUUCUCUGUAUACUUUAAUUUUAACAGAUCCUGAUGCGCCAUCGCGUACCAACCCAAAGUUCCGGGAAUGGCAUCAUUGGCUUAUCGUGAAUGUUCCUGGCAACGAUAUCAGUAAAGGUGAUGUUCUGUCAGGUUACAUUUCUUCAGCUCCUCCAGAAAAGUCAGGUCUUCAUCGUUAUGUAUAUUUGGUAUAUAAGCAGCCCGGGAAGAUUGAAGACAAGGAGCACGGGCAUUUGAAGAGUACUUCAGCAGCAAAGCGUGGAGGGUGGAAAGCCGCAGCGUUUGCAAAAAAGCACAAUCUUGGUGAUCCCGUUGCCGGCAAUUUCUAUCAGGCAGAGUAUGACGACUAUGUGCCUAAAGUUUACGCUAAGCUUGUUGACUAG